GGCGAUUUCCACGGCGUUUUCCCCAUGUCGUCCCCCGAAAAAACGUUUUGUAUGCGUGUCGCCAGCCUGGCAGGGGCAUAGGACAUACUUGCCUCUACAGACCGAUCCUCCCUCAUACUACCGGUAGCUGCUAAUCUUUCGAGAUGAGGCAUGCAGAUCUGCAAGCCACAGAUGGACAGCUGUCGCAAUGGCCGGGACUUGCUGAAUGACUACAAGCGUCAUAAGCCAUUCGUCAAUGAACAGUAGACUCGAUCCAGCAGCCAAGACCGAAGGCGCAGAAGCAAUGAGGCCUCAUUAACUGCAAAGAAGAUGGGGAGGAAAAGAUAACAAGUUGAAAUGGACUCAUGGAGAAUGGAGCCUGAUGGAGGCCAAGUGGAUGGGGAGCUGAUGAUGACAAGCCCACUGGCAGGUUUUUAUGUAUAAUGCUGCUAUGCUGUCGGGUCAUGUUGGCGUCACUGAAGGAGGAGUCAAAAGACUCGAAAGGGAGGGAGGCGGCGGUGUGCCUUGGCGUCACUGAAGGAGGAGGUGUACUCGCACCGAGUCGGACGCGGGGCAAAUAGACACUUUCGCGGAGCAUGAACUGACCAGAGGUUUAAAAUGGAGACACAAUAGUCAAUGUGGAGCAAGACGACCUUGGUUGUGGUUUCGGGCUUUCAGCCAGACUGUUGGGAAGAACGAUAGAUGCACAUUGCACAAGUUAGGCAAGCUCAGUGCAGCGGAGGAUUGGACCGUCGUCGUACGAGUACUAGUACUCUACGAGUCUACCAUGCCUUACACGACCGGUGAUCACAACCAGAACUGGAAUAUGGGUGAUGCUGACUUGGAUUUCCAUCAGCAGCAACAGUCAGCCGGAGGAAGGCCUGGGAGAUUCUCUUCUCUCGAGACGAACUACAACUAUAAUCAUGCAGGAGCUAACGACUCUCGUUGUUUUUCUGUUGAUGGUGACCCCACUCCCGAUGCUGACGUCUGUGGACAAGCAGUAGCAUCUGACACAACUGCUUCAGAUCAGCAGCUGGGGGCUGGCACACAAAGAGCUGGCGAUGAUGAUGGAGAUCAUGGCAAUGAUUGCAUGGUGACCGUGAGCGCAAUGAUAGGUAGUAGUAGUGGCCUCAAACGAGGGAGGGAGGAGGAGGAGGAAGAGGAGGCGGAGGAGGAAUUGCCUCACAGUCCUCAUGAUGACAGCCUGAUGGCACCUCCCAAUGAGAGCAAUGAGAAGUAUCCGGGUGAGGUCGAUGAAGAGCGCGCGGCGUUGGAGACGGUUGGCCCAGAAGGUGCAAAGCCCUCUCCAGAAGUCGAGGGCCGGAUUGAGGAGAUUCGCGCAAAGAUGAAUAGCUUCACGGAGACGGUGUCAGGGAUGUUGGAAGCGGGAAAGAGUUACUUCAACGAUGCAGCAGCAGCCUUUGAAGACAGAAUAGUCCAGCUUCACCAACAUCACAUGCAGAAAUGGGAGGAGGAGAUUAAUCAACUUCUACAGAUCGACGAGAUUAACGAAGAUAUAAGCUUGCGGCUGGCAAAUGCACAAUCUAUCUACAGCAGCUUUGGACUUUCGCAACGCUGCAGUGAAGACUGAAUUGAAACAUGGUCGUCGUCACAGACUCGAUAGCUUAUUCAGCGUCACACCGUCACAGACUCACGGUGAUGUUAGUGAACCACUGUAGUCGAACCCCCCGCUUUGGAAACUGGUCAGCUUUAGAACCCCCCGCUUUGGAAACUGGUGAGCGUCACGCCAUCACAGACUCACGGUGGUCCACUAUCUUUACCACGUCAACGACUGUAGUUCAAACCCGCAAAGAGAAACUGGCCAGGUUUUUGCUGGUACUCUUGCACUUGUGCGGAGUUGUGCCGCGAUAUGCAGGGUUAUGCAUUUUUUAUAUUCUUGACGUCUGUUUCUUUCGUUUGCUUCAAAAUAUCACUCGUGCAUGUAUAAUUGUGAUGAUCAUACAAGUUGAGUGUGUUCUAUAUGCCCACGCACCGAUGUAAAGCACGUAUGAAUCGGUAUGGUCAUGUUCAAAUUGAUUCAGUUAGCAUGGAGCUUUGGUAGUAGUAGAUCCACAUCUGCGGCCACUCUCUUUUGUCCUCUCUUCUCCUCUUCUCCCCAUUAUGUGAGAGCCUGAGAGUCUCUGAGACGGAAUUUGCAAACGCAACAAAGAUUGACCCUGAGG